AGGAGCACUGACAUGAACACUGAGUGCAUUUGGGAAAAUAAUGACGGGUGACGUAAAUAUUUUGUUAGAAGAGAAUUCCUGUUAAAACAAAGCUACCAUAAUUGACCCCUCAUUCCAUGUUUAUGCUUUAGGAGCAAACUAAAAGAAAAGAAAAAGCAAGUGUUGUCCCAUCUCAGAUAGGUGCCGGUGUCUUAUGAAGCAAGAAGCUAAAACACACCGAACAUUACAUGCUGACAGACUGCCAUUUCAGGCUGAUUUAAACUUUUCCUGCUGCAGAGACAUUCCUCACAUCAAAUUUAACUUAAAAAAAAAAAAAAAAGAUGGCUAACUGUUCAAAUAGAGCCUGAAGAGACAAGAUCAGUAUUGUGCAUUGUAUCUACCUGCAUGUGAUCUGUGUUGAAGUCAUGAGGAUGUUGUUUUCAUGAAUGUUUCAGAAUUCAGAUAGUGAAAAGCUCACAUUGCAUUGCAGAAUUGUCUCCUCCUCUGUAAUCCUAACCUGCAACUACUUCAUAUGCUCUGCAAGCAACACAGCAUCAGAAGAUUAUAAAAGGUAAAGAAAUAUCAUUCAGUUUUUGCACAGCUUGGCAGCUAAUACACUCUGCCUUCAAAGUCCCUAUGUGCAAGUGCAGCAGAAAGCAGACUACAAUGAAAGCUAUGCUUUACAGAGCACUUCUUGCAAUAGCAGCUUAGGGAUUAGGAUCAAAUUCUGCUAAUCACACUUGUGUAAAGUCAGAACCAUUUCACUGAAAUCACAUGGAAUGACUGGUUCUACAUUAGUAUAACAGAAUUUGGAUCCUACAGCUUAAAAUCUGGCUUUGUAAAGUAAGUUAUUUCUAUGACCACUUCACGAAGCACCAGAAACCUUACUUCCUUUUCACUAACCUGUUAGAUAUCAGCAUCUGUGCAAGUUCUUUCCAAAGACAAGAAGACUGCAUUUAAUCAUAAAUUUAUUGCUUUGGACUCUGAAAUGCUUAUGCACAUUGUUGGAGAGACACUGGUAAGUAGUUAAAGUAGUCCUGUGUGGUUGAUCUUAAGAUGCACUCUGAGAGAGUUUUACUAUUAAUCCAAAUUAAUACAAGGCUAGAUUUUCCACUGCCUUAUAGCCUGUGUAAUUAUUUACACAUUGCAAAGUGAGUUCAGAAUGCUCCCACAUGGGACCAGUAGCAUUUAGGACUUGCUUCAUGAAGUCAUAGUUGCUUGCACAAAUCAGACUAUGUGUUAAGCUUAUGUCUUUCUGUCCUGGCUUUGCAAAAGCAGUGACAAAAUCUGAGCCUGAUUCUUCACCACCUUACAGCUAGCAGACAUAAUCAUCUGCACCUCAUUAAAGUAUGUGCAUAAUUCUUCCACUGUGGUUUACUAGUGCUGCAUCCAUUACUCUCAGGACCAUCCUCUUUACUGGUGUAAACUGACAUUGCUCCUUCAAAGCCAAUGGAUAUACUUAAUGUCAGAUAAAUAUCUGGCCUUUAAUUUGCCUAGUUGUAGCUGGCUGCACCAGAUAGAAAGCAAAGGACGCUCCAAUCCUGCAUUUUCAUCCCUGCACAUAUCUUUCACGACAGGACUUAAUGCUAGUGCAUUAAGCAAGGAGCAGGCAGCUACUGGAGGUUGGUUUCAGCUGCAGAGGCAAUAGAUGGGAAAAAGACUUCAUUAUUUGCUUUGCAAAAUAGAAAACGGUGAAUGUACACAGAAAUUACACUAUAUAUUGAUGCUUGAGAGCAGUAUAAAUAACGGAGAGCAAAUAUCAUGGGACUGUUUCUCUCUGGCAUCAGUCCAAUUUUAUUGCAACUCCCUUGCUUGCAGCAGAAUUACACAACUUGUAAAAUUGGAGUAAUGCAGUAAAGACUGGUACCACACAAAUGCAAUAAUCCAAUUGAUGAGGUAGCUGCACACCUGGAAAAAAAUGUUUAAACAAAAUAAUUAUCUGAAGAUGCUAAUAUUUGAAUGUGCCCUUGGGGAGUUUUCCAGUGAGCAUCUCUAAGGAACUCAUAAAGGUGGAGUGUAUAUCCUGAAAUCUCAAUCCAUUUCUCCUACAUAGUGCAAUCUUAGUUGGUUUUGUAUUUAUUUAUAUUGUUCAGAUCCAAGGGAUCCCUUGUAAAAUAUAUUUGGUGCAAUCAUUACUUUUUUUUCCUUUCCUGUUGAAAGUAUAUAAAUAUAAAUAAAUAUAUAUAAAAAAGGAAACUGUUAAGAUACUAAAUGAGGAAACCUUGUAUGACAUUUAAAAGGUCUGCCACUGAUCAUUGUUCACCAGUCUCUACUAAAAUGUACCAUUUUUAAAGGAUACUUCUUGUCCUUUUAAAUGGUUCCUUUUUUUUACCAAGAUAAUUUAAAGAUUUAUGAGGACUGUAUCAAAAUCUUUCUAUCUAUCUGGAAGGCAUGACCAAGGAAACAAUUCUAACUAAAUAAGUCACACAAAGAAUGUAAAUUUUGUACAGUACUAGACUGUGUAAAUGAAGCUUGCUUGUAGGGGGGAAACUUUAAAUAAAACUUUAUGUACUAAUUCAACUGUCUGCCAUAUUCCUACUUAUAAAGUGUAUGUAUAAAUAAUAUCUACAUUAAAUUCUUUGGAACUUUUUUUAUCAU